AUGCGAGUGAAUGCCCUGAAGUUUCGGGAUUCAGAUCCAAGGGCAGUCAAGGCCAUCAUCAACCACCAUUACGUCGAUGACUAUUUGGACAGUUUCUCUACGGAGAGCGAAGCUAUUAAGGUAUCUACCCGAGUGAAGGAGAUACAUGCGGAGGCUGGAUUCGAAUUAUGCCAGUCUUCAUCCAGCUCACCCAUCGUGGAAGCGGCGUUGGGACCACCUGGACAAGUCAAAAGCGUCGGAUGGGGUAAGGCAGAGCAGAAGAUCCUUGGAAUGCGUUGGCAGGUAGCAACGGAUGACUUCAGAUUCAACAUGGAGUAUCAUCGAGUGCCAAAAAGCGUUCUAAGUGGAGAUCGAGUCCCUACAAAGAGGGAGUAUUUGGGCCUGCUGAUGUCAACGUUCGAUCCAUUGGGGUUCCUGUGCUGCCUAAUGAUUACCGCGAAGCUGUUGCUGGGGGAGAUCUGGAGGCAGAAGAUGCAGUGCGACGAACCACUGCCGGAGGAGAUAGGCAGAGCCUUUGCUGCCUGGCGCAGAGAGAUGGACGCCGUGGGACAGUUCCGAUGUCCUCGCCAAUAUUUUGGGCCUGGAGCAGUUCGGACCAUCGAGUUGUAUGUGUUCGUGGAUGCAAGUCAAUCUGCAUUCCCGGAGGUGGCCUAUUGGAGGGUCACGUACGAGGAUGGCAACGUGCUGGUUAGCUUCGUGUGCGGAAAGACGAAGUGUACGCUGAUGAGGACAAUGUCGAUCCCACGGGUGGAGCUGCAGGCAACGGUCCUUGGAACCAGAGUGGUCGAAUCGAAUGAAUUUGUCAUCCCGUUCCACAGAUUCUCGAGCUUCAGUCGUCUGGUGAGGACCAAAGGCUGGGUCCUGAGGUUUGCGCGUCGGUGCAGCAAACAGAGAAGCGAGCUCGAGGAAUAUGGAAUCACUGCAACGAAGUGUGAGGCCGCGGAGAACCUGUUAGUCAGGCAGGCCCAAAUGAUAUCGUUUCCCGACGAGAUGAGGUCGGCGGAACGCGGAAAGGACGUCGCCAGCUCGAGCGAGAUUCGAGGUCUGGCGCCUUACGUGGAUGAAAAUGGAGUUCUGCGAGUCUAUGGCAGAGUUGAUGCCGCGCUGUCCACGCUGUCACACAGGCACAGUCUUACGGAGAUGGUAGUAAGACACUACCCCGCCCAGAUUAAGCAUCAAAACGUGGAUGCGACGAUUGCACAAAUCCGGACGAGAUUCUGGGUCACGAAGAUGAGACGAGUGCCGAAGGAGGUAAUCUCGUCGUGCAACGAGCGCAAGUUGCAACGGACGCGGCCGAUGCCGCCGAUAAUCGGACCCCUUCCAGAGGAUCGCUUGGAAGCGGGAGGAUGCCCAUUCAAGUAUACAGGACUGGACUACUUUGGGCCACUACUGGUGACUGUAGCCUGUCACAGAGAGAAGCGUUGGGUCGCCUUGUUUACGUGCUUAACGAUAAGGGCGAUUCAUUUGGAGCUGGCGCAUGACCUGUCGACGGAUUCCUGCAUAAUAGCUAUCAGGAACUUCGUCUGCCGUAGAGUACCAGUACGUAAACUGCGAAGUGACAACGGCAAGAACUUCGUGGGAGCUGACAGGGAGGCCAGACGAUUUUGA